UGGCAACAUCAAAGAUCUUAUGUCAUUGUGAUUCAAUAACUGCACAGCUGUGUCAUGUUUUCGUUAAUAUUUUCGCAGAUUGUCGUUGCCUAAAAGGAGAAAAAUAGAUACAAGUUGCGAUUUUUUUCAAAUAAGUUUCAAUUCCAAGGACAUGUGGCUAUAUUAAGAUGUCGUCACCAAAAACCGAAUCUCUUAAAGAUACAGUGACAGUGUUAAUUAACGCUGUAGGUGAUAACGAGAAUUCCGUCAACAAUGUUGUAAUAAAAUCAUUGACAAAAAUAGCGAAUUCGUACCCUAAUGAGGUGAUAGAAAUAUUUUGUGAAUUCUACACGAACACUGUUAAAGUGAACCCUGUGCAGCUUGGAAACAUUGUUAAGGUUUUAGAGCAAACAUGUGUGAACCAAGUGAAGAGGUUGGAGCCAGCUACGGCCAACAAUUUGGUGACGGCGAUGCUGCGUGCUAUGAUGGAGAAUGUGACUUACGAGCCAGUCGUCCAGAUGGGCGCUUCUGCUGUCCUAGUUGCAGUGGGACAUGAGCAUCUGGAUCUGGUUCUGCGGUCUCUAAUCAACCAGCUCUCUCCAGCGUCAGUGCCGCAUUAUACCAUAGCGCAUACCCUAGGCACCCUGGCUGCAGUAAACACCCAUGGCGUUGUACCUCAUAUUAAGGAAAUCCUCAGCAAAAUGUUGCCCCUACUUUCAUUGGUUAAGGCUGAUGGUUUGAAGCAGGCGUUUGCUUAUGCUUUCGGCCACUUCGCGGUCGCUGUAUCUGAACAAAUCGGCGACAAUGUUGAGAAUGGGAACAUAACAUCCAUCAAAGAUAAUUUUGUCACAGAAUUUACCAUAAUAUUUGAUGUACUUUACAACCAAUGGCUUGCCUCCUACGAAGCUAAGGUCUCAGAAUCCGUACUCGAAGCUUUAGGCCCCAUCACAAGACUAAUCUCAGAGAGACAAUUUAACGAAACUGUCAACAAAUUCGUCCUUUCAUUGCUGUCUUUGUACCGAAAACCGGCAAUCAAUUACUACUACAUAAGUCAAUGUAUAUCGUACUUACUUUCUCCGUCGCCUUUGAAUCCUAAAUUGAGUUUGAAUGACAGUGUCAUCAAUUCCAUAAACCAUGUCUUAUUUAACCUGGUUCUCUUAGAGCCGGAUUAUGACCAACCUCAUACGGUUAAGAACCAUUUCGAGGUCCUGCGGUGCUUCGACCAUAUGGCUGGCCAGUUCCCUGACCAAACAAUAGAAAGUCUACUACACCAGUGCAAAAAUAACCAAGAAAAAGACAGAAUGAAAGCAGUAAUCAUUUUAACACACUUGACAACGUCUUCGCAGAUCUUUGUCGAAAAUUACGCCCAUAAAUUCAUUGUGUUGCUCAAAAUAAUGACUACAAUGGAACAGGGGAUUAAAAUGAAGAAGCUGUUAGUCAAAGCAAUUGUGGGGCUCGUGUAUAGGAAUUGUAUAACGACUCCAGAAGACUUUUCUAUGGUCGAGUUCAUAAUAAAGCACUGCAGUUAUGAAGGAGCGUCAAACGUAUCCAAACAUGACGUUCUGGACCUACACGACACUUGUAAAAGUUCCUUAAUCCUAAUGUGCAAUACAGUAACUAGCAUUCGGUCUCAGUUACGCAAUUUAUUGCUAACAGCAUUAACCGGAGAAGAGUUCACAGCAUCCAUGGCUACCGUAUGUCAUUGUCUUACUUCUCUUCUCCAAAACAACUCUGAUGUCGCAGCCGAUGAACAAUCGGAGAAGGAACUUGAAAUGAAAUGCUCCCCUGACCUAGUCUUCGUUCGGUGUCUCACACAUGUGGUAGAACCAGACCAGGUGGAACGAAACAGAAAUAUUCUAGUCUUCCUUGAAGAAUAUUCAGGCGAUGUUCACAAGAACCUUAAAAAUUCGUGGACGAUUGAAAUUCAGAGGCUUCUGAAGUUUGUUGAGACGACGGAGACUAAAGAGCAGUGGCAUAGCAUGCUGUUAGAUCUCCUUAUGUCUGCUGUAGAACAAGUAAACAGCAAUAAGUGGGUGGAAUUUAUCGCUACAUUGAUUUCUCAGCAGAUUCUUUCCAAAAAACAGAGUCCAAUGAUCAAAGGAGUGUCUUUACAGUACUUAGCAGUUCUAUCUUGUCACAUGUCCAACGCUGCAGUGGUCGAAAAAAUCCUUAAAAUAAUCCUCCUCGCUUUGAAGUCCAUUCCAAUGGAGAGCAGCGAUUAUGUUAGCAAAGCAGUAGGGAUCGCGUCCAGACAACACGGAGAAUUUAUCCUAAAUGAACUGGAUGCGAUUUACAAGGAAAAUGAAUCGAAAAGGGGCAGUAAGAUACUUAAUUUCUUAUCUUCAAGACAUUCCAAAACCGAUGCAGAGUUAAGCGUGGUUCGGUACGCGGUUAUCACGUGUUAUGGGAAGGUGGCUGUAGACUGUUUAGAUGUCCAUGUUUUAGCGAGGCUAGGAGACAAUGUGACCGCAAUUCUAUACGAUAUUCUGAAGUCUAAUCCAUCGUUUGAUCUUUGCAAAGCCAGUGUUACAACCCUGUACGAGAUCAGUAAGGCUUUACAUCCAGCUGCACACCACAAUGUGGCACUAAGAAACCGCUGGCAGUUGCUCAAUGCGGUUUUAGAACAAAUAUACAAUACCAACUUGGACAAGCGGAACGUGGAAUUGUACCCUAUCAUAGUUAAAGCUUCGAAAGCAUUGACGAAGUUACAAAAGGGAAUAUUGCCUGAAGAAAGAAACACUAUUUUGAGGGUCCUGUUCAACAGCAUAUUCGGCGAACUGUCUUCUUUCAAAAAGAAAUACGAAAUUGAAGGCAAUGGUGACAAAAAUGAUAACCUAGCCAAGACCUUGAACGAUAGUCUUUCACUUCUGCACCAGUUGAUUAAAGAGCUGAUCAUCCAGUCCACGUGUUUGAGCACAAUUGAUGAUCUAAUAGGGUUGUUGAUCGAAUGGAUCCGACACGAAAACGACGAGAUCCGAACAGCCUCCGUCAUGAUUCUGCACGUGAUUUUCGACACGUACAUUAAAAACGUUAAAUUGAACUACGAAACGCCAAGCAAGUUUGGUCAGAUGGGCUAUUUGUUGGGACUCAUUAUUCCCGGGAUCGCAGACACUAAUUUCCCCGUCCGAUUAACGACUAUAGACUGCAUUAAAGUGAUAAUUCAGAUACAAGACUUGUACGAAGGCCACACGGUUGGCCCUGAUGAUGAAUGCAUGUUGAAUUUGGGUCAUCUUCAGAACAAUAUCUUGACGAAUGACCUGAAUAUGAUCAGUGAUUACUGUACGGCGUUGUGUGAGGCUAUUUCUCCGAAGAUACCUCAUCAUCACAACAUGCAGUUUAUCGAAAGUUUGUUGGAAGGUUACGAUGAUCAGGAGUUAAGGGGUGUGGGAACGAGUGCUAUAUUGGAUGCGUAUUUCGUGAACAAGGGUCAGGAUUUGUACCAGAGUAUUGAGAGGAUCGUGGAGGUUAUGUUGGGGACGAUGUCGGAGGUUGGUGUAGAGGCCCGGCAGAGAUUGAUGAAGCCGCUGACGUCCCUCACGCGUCAUCACUCCAACGCUGUGAUAGCUGUGCUGUUGGCCCAAAAGCUGCCGUUGAAACCGAGUGUGCUAGCCUGUUGGCGUAGCCUGGCUCAAGACGAGGGUCUCUCCUCAGCCAUUACAGACAACUUCCUCAGGCUGAUGACGUCAGUGGAACUGUACGAGGACCCCUACCAUAUAACCGAGCACCAUAUCGCCGCCCUCCAACCCCUAACUCUCAUAAGUGCCUUCGGUGAGAUGUUACAAGAACCAACAAUGAAACCCAUCUGUAUCGCCAAGUUCGCGGAUUUGUUCGCAGUCCUUUACACAACGCUCGCUUGCUACAUUGACGCGGAAUCGCCUGCCUAUUCCCCGCCCACCAAUAAGACGCAAGAACGGUUCGGUUUCAUCCCCAACAGAGACGCUAUUAAAUUGUCUCCAGCGAAAAUUACUGUGCAGACUUUUAACGCGUUUCUGGAGCAAGCUGAUUGUCAUAAGGUCCGCGAAGCGUGUUCCCUGUGCCUGAGUAUAGAGCACGGCGACCCUUGCAGUACAGUCCUGGAGCUGGCCCCCAUCCUGGGCGGCGCGCUGGCGCGGCACUGUCCGCAGCACGCCGCGCGCCUCGUCGCCGCCGUCGCCAGCUACGCGCGCUGUCCGCUGCCCCCCCAGCGAUGCGCCGCGCUAGCCUUGCUAGGGGAUCUACUUAACUAUAGAUGCAACAACAACCCGGUCCUAAUAGAGACAGUUCUAGCAACACUCAACACAGGCUGGAAGGAUGAGAAUGACCGGGUUCGCGCCACGUGUCUCCGUGGGGCCGCCAAUAUAGCACAGCUUAAACCCGAACACAGGAACCAAGCACUGCCUGCUGCCUUAGCCGCAUUGAGCCAAGGAGUUGACGCACAGAAAACACAAACACCAUCAGACAAUGUGCCUUUAGCUGCAAUUCAGGGCUUAAGUCGUCUUCUAACAGAAUUAGACAAAAUAGACAAAGAGUUCGAUAGAGAACUUCUAUCGAUAUCUCAAAAAAUCCGUCCUUUUAUGAACACGGAGUGCCCACAACUGAGAGAGCAUUCUAUCAAGCUGUUCGGGAUUAUUGUGGGCCGAGUGAGGUCGGAUGCCCUCGUCGACCAAGGAGUCAGCUCUCUGCCUUGUUUCUUACUGCAUUUGUGCGAUAAGAACCCUAAUGUCGUCAGGGCCAGCAAAUUCACUCUAAAACAAGUCUUCAAGACGUUCAACGUGAAGAAAUCGAAUGACUUCGUCCAGACACAUCUCUUGGACGAAGGUCGAUUAUACCUGGACGAGUUCCUCUCAGCAUUGCUGAGGCAGUUAGCUGAUGAGCUACCGUCCAGCAUCGUGAAGUGCCUGCAGACUGCUGUCAACUACCUUCAUUGUGCCAGGGACGAGAUCAAACCACACCCACCUCUAUUACUCGGUCUCCUCUACGCAGAACUAUACAGGAUUCGCGAGCAAAACCCGGAUGAGACGGAAUUGGACCCGGAUAUAACGAAGACGGCUCGGACACGGUUAUUACAGCUGAUCAAAGACCCUAAUCCCUUGGUACGGCAGAACACCGCCAUGGCUCUAGCCAAUAUAUGCUUGGUGAGCGCCUUGGAUGGAUGACGGAGGCUCGUCAGGGUCGAAGUGGAAAGGUACGUCAUGAGGAGGGUACUCUUUGAAUUCCAACGUUAAAAUGCAUAAAUUGUCUCGUUUACUUCAUUUUCGACCUUAUAAUCAGGUUGUUUGAGUUGAAAAUCUG